AUGGCGUGUGCUGUGGCCACACAGCAGGACAGACACAACAAGGUGCCGGAUGGUUUGGGAGCCUGCUGGGCUCAGAGACUCUGCUAUUCAUUCUCUAGUGACCUCCAUUAUUCUAUUUUUGAAGAAAUUAGAAAAGGAUCUAUUAUAGGAAAUUUAGCAAAUGAUCUUGGAUUGAACAUUAAGGAUCUGUCAUCUAGAAAAUGUCACAUUGUUUCCCAUGUUGCAGAGAAAUAUUUUACAGUCAGCCUAGAAAAUGGAAAUUUAUAUGUCAGAGACAGGAUAGACAGAGAGACCCUGUGUGGAGUAGUAGACCCAUGUUUUCUAGCAUUUGAUGCAUUGGUUGAAAAUCCUUUGAAUGUUUUUCAUGUUAAGAUUGAAAUUCAAGAUAUAAAUGACAAUGCUCCAAAGUUUUUUCAUGAAAUAAUUAAGUUAGAAAUUCUUGAAUCAACAUUACCAGGAGCCCGAUUUCUAUUGCAAAAUGCGGGUGACCUGGAUUUAGGAAUGAACUCAAUAAAAAAUUAUAAGCUUAGUGUCAACCAACAUUUUACUUUAGGAGAAAAGACUAAUGCUGAAGGUGUUAUUUUUCCAGAAAUGGUUUUAGAAAAGUCUUUAGACCGAGAAACACAAAACUUUUAUGAGCUUAUUUUAAUAGCCUCUGAUGGAGGAAAACCCCCUAAAACAGGCACUGCACUAGUUAAAAUUAGCAUUCUUGAUGUUAAUGAUAAUUUUCCUGUCUUCUCCCAAGAUGUGUAUAAAAUUUCUGUAAUUGAAAAUGUACCAGUCAACACUUCAGUUCUUCAACUGCUAGCUAAUGAUAAAGAUGAAGGCUCAAAUUCACAAAUCACAUACUCCUUUAGCAAUAUUCAAGAAGAUGCAUUAAAACUUUUUAGCAUUAAUGCAAAUACUGGAGAGAUUAAAACUAACAAAAACCUAGACUAUGAAUUGGCUAACAUUUAUGAAAUGUUUGUACAAGCUCAAGAUGGAGGAGGUCUUGCUACACAUACAAAUGUUAUAAUAAGUUUAAUUGAUGCAAAUGACAAUGCACCUGAGAUAACUAUUAAUUCAAUCACUAGCCCUGUCUCUGAGGAUGCCUUACCUGGAACGGUGGUGGCACUGAUUAAUGUCCACGAUAAAGACUCUGGAGAAAAUGGAGAAGUCAUAUGUCAGAUUACAGAUACAACAUUUAAAUUGUCAUCAUCAACUGGCAGCUAUUAUAAAAUACUUACUACAAAGCCCAUUGACAGAGAAAAAAAACCACAACAUAAUAUCACUGUUAUAGCAACUGACAAAGGAUCUCCCCCAUUGUCCACUACAAAAGCAAUUACAUUAGAUAUAUCUGAUGUAAAUGAUAACCCACCUAUUUUUGAGAAACCUUCAUACCUUAUUUAUGUUUCAGAAAAUAACUCCCCUGGAACAUCAAUAUACAGCAUACAUGCUUCAGAUCUUGAUUUUGAAGAUAAUUCUAAACUUACAUAUUCAAUUUUUAAUACCAUAAUGGAGGAUUCUCCUCUUAGCCUGUAUAUAUCAAUAAAUCCUGUAACCGGAGUUCUUUAUGCACAACAGGCAUUUGACUAUGAACAUCAGAAAGAAUUUAAUUUCUGGGCAAUGGCUAGAGACAAUGGAAGUCCUUCUUUGAACAGCAAUGUAACUGUUAAGAUUUGUGUUAUAGAUCUGAAUGACAAUACACCAAACAUUCUUUACCCUUCUCAAGAAAUUGAUGGUUCAACCUUGUUUGAGAUGGUUUCUCUAGCCUCUGAACCAGGAUAUAUAGUUACUAAAGUGGUGGCAGUGGAUGCUGACUCUGGCCACAAUGCUUGGCUUUCUUAUCAUCUAAUACAAACUUCAGAACCAUCAUAUUUCAACAUUGGUCAGGCUACUGGUGAGAUCAGGACACUGCAUGGCUUUCAAGAGAAAGAUGCUUUACGCCAAAAGGUUGUUGUUAUGGUUAAGGACAAUGGAAAUCCUUCUCUCUCAACCACAGUUACAUUAAAUAUAAUUGUUGCAGAAAGUUUUCAGCAAAUUCUUCCAGAACUUGAUAGUCAACCUAAAGAUUUUAACUCUCAGUCUAAUUUACAAUUCUAUUUAGUAAUUGCCUUAGCACUGAUCUCUUUUUUAUUUAUGUUUACUGUAAUUUUUGCAGUUAUAUCAAAAUACAGGAAACUUCAACCAUCUCCAGCUUUUAAUGCCUUAAAUACAAACAUAUAUUCUCAAGUUGAUCCCAGAGUUUUGUCAAGGUAUAGUAAUGGUUCAUUGCCAAUGCCUUUCUCUUAUGAUGUCUGUGUGGCACUGGAUUCUAAUAAAAGUGACUUUUCUUUUCUAAAACCUAACCAAAAUGCAACAAUACCCAAUCUCAUUGACUCUGAAAAUACAGGAACAGAAAAUGAAGACACACAAGAAACUGAAACUACUACUAAUAUUGUUGAGUCCAUGAAUUUCAGUUGUCCUGCAGUUCCACUUUUACGCCUCAAAGCGCCGCUGUUUACUAAGAAGGUGAAUAAGCUGAAAAAGUGA